GCUCCUUGGAAUGGAUGGACCGCCCCCAAACUACGACGACAUCUCCAGCGCAGCACCUAAGCUUCUGGUCCGGCUAGAAGUAUGGUACUUUUCCAGCCAUGGAAGAUCGCAGGAAAAGAACGAGCUUUUGGCAGUGGCGUUUGAGGAAGCGGAACCAGACAACUGGAGUGUGCGGACGGUUGACGUUGUCGAGCCACAUGACGAAGCUGAUCGAGACGACUUUGUCGAUUUCGAACACAGAGAGAUUACCAACUACGACCCCAACGGCAGAGCUCAGAACCAUGUUCGAGACCUUUUCAGGCGUAUAGCCCCGGGGGUCAUCUUGAACUUCUUCCUCAGCAUCAGCAGAAAGCCCCAUACGAUGAGCCUGGUUGCUCGUAAUGUGUUGCCCGAUUAUAGAGCAAGAUAUUGCCAGCUUUUCGUCAUCAAUAAGCUAAAUACUCGUGUCGAUGAACUAUCAGCACCCCCUGAAGUGACAGAUCUAGAGGACAUUGUGACUCAGCUUUCGACAGUCGAUAACGGCCUGCCAAUGCUAUCACAGGUUGUCGAGGUCUUCACCGUAUUCCGGCUCUUCCAGACACAGACGAAGCCCAAAUUCUCAUUUAUGCAUCCGCAAGAUGUUGAGAGUGUGUUUAAUCUGCGGACUACCGGCCUCGAGAAUGUCGAGCCCCUAGCAACAAUUGCUGAAAACUUGAGAUUUCUAUACGAGGCCAACUUGAACCAGACAGCGGCUGAGCUGUCGGCAGCACCAGUCGAAUGGGCAUCAGCUGUCGCUCCGUUUCGGGCGUUCCAAAGCGAACUGUCGGGUGUACUAGUCAACCUGGCGAAAACAGACUUGGGCAGCCAGCGGAAGCCAAAGAGGGGCAUAUCCGUCACUCCUCAAGUACUUUACAUGGCUGGCCUGAACCUCCGUACAGGCGGCAUCAUGCUCUCCAGGGCGGGCGACCUUUUGAGGCCUUACCUCGACGAGCAACUUCUGCAAUACGACGGCAGGACGCUCUCGCCUAGAAACCUUGCGAUUGGGGGUUCUGCGUCCGGGGUCGGAGGCGUAGGUACCGGUGGAGCGAUCCUCUACGGGACUUUGGCCUCGAGUCCUCUUGGCUGGACGAUUGCUGCGCUCCUAUGCGUAGGGGCUGUGGCGGCUGCUGUGGCGUAUAGGGGGGUUUCCAAGGAGGUGGAAGCGAUCAAAAAAUUUAAGCAGUAUCUGAAGGACAUGGCGGGUGCCUUUGACGAAGCUCAAAAGGCCAUCGUGGCAGUGAUCUGUCAAGAUGUCAUGGGGAUGGAACUCGGUAGCUUCCGGCCAGACGAGCAGGAUGCCAUUUUGAAGAGCUUCGGGAUUGACGUUAGUGCGCUGGGGCAGGGCGAGUAUCAGAGGAGUCUUCUCGAGAGCAGCAUUGACAAGCUUGUUCAGUAUUAUGAAGAGAUGAGGGAGCAGUUUGAGCACAUGGUUGAGGUUUGUGGACUUGAUGUAAGGAAUGUCAAAUUAGCGCUUUGA